UAAGAAACCACAGUAAGAAACCAUUGCAAAACAAUUUUUUAUUCCUUGGGUUUAACUAGGUUAUAUUUUUAAAUUUUAAUUCUAUAACUGUGUUAUUAUUAUUAUACCAAAUAAAUAAUUAAAACAAGUUAAAAUUUAGGUGAAAUAUUGGAGGAAUAAGCAAUCAUAUCAAGAAAGUAAUUGAUUAGAUUUAAAGAUGGCACAGUGGGGUCAAAAAGCGGAAGAAUUAGAAAUUUCUAACAAAGUCGCUGGCUUAGGCUUGAAUAAGAAAACAUCUGAAAAAACAGAAGAUGAUCCUGAUGCAGCCAAUCCAGCCGAAGCCUCAUUACUCAUGAAGAUUAUUCGGCAGGGUCUUGUUGAAUCAAAAUUGGAUAUUGAAAUACAGAGAAAGGAUCCCAAUUCACCUCUGUAUUCAGUUAAAACUUUUGAGGCAUUACACUUAAAACCAAAUUUGCUUAAAGGUGUUUAUGCUUUGGGUUUCAAUGCUCCCUCGAAAAUACAAGAAACUGCAUUACCCACACUUCUAGCUGAUCCACCUCAAAAUAUGAUAGCUCAAUCACAGUCAGGUACAGGCAAAACAGCUGCUUUUGUACUAGCUAUGUUGAGUCGAGUUGAUCCUGCUAAAAAUUACCCACAAGUAUUGUGUCUUAGCCCUACUUAUGAGCUUGCUAUACAAACUGGAGAGGUUGCAGCAAAGAUGGCAAAAUUUUGUCCAGAAAUUAAACUGAAGUAUGCAGUAAGAGGUGAAGAAGUUAAAAAAGGAUCAAAGAUAACAGACCAUAUAUUAAUUGGAACACCUGGGAAAAUGCUUGACUGGGGUGUAAAGUUUAAUAUGUUCGAUCUACAGAAAAUAAAAGUAUUUGUGUUGGAUGAAGCUGAUGUCAUGAUAGAUAGACAGGGACAUCAAGACCAGUGUAUUCGUAUUCAUAAAUGCUUACCUCCAACUUGUCAAAUGAUGUUCUUCUCUGCUACAUAUGAUAGUGCUGUGAUGGAAUUUGCUGAAAUAAUUGUUCCCAAUCCUAUAAUAAUUAGAUUAUUAAGAGAAGAGGAAUCCUUAGAUAACAUUAAACAAUACUAUGUCAAAUGCAAAAGUGCUGACGACAAGUAUAGGGCUAUCUGUAAUAUAUAUGGAGUGAUAACAAUUGGCCAAGCUAUAAUAUUUUGUCAUACCAGAAAAACUGCUAGUUGGCUAUCAGAAAAAAUGUCCCGCGAUGGGCAUUCAGUAGCUGUUCUAUCUGGUGAGUUAACUGUUGAACAAAGAAUAGCUGUGCUUGAUAGAUUUAGAGGGGGUCUUGAAAAAGUACUCAUUACUACCAAUGUUUUAUCCCGAGGCAUAGAUGUUGAACAAGUUACAUUAGUUGUUAACUUUGAUAUGCCCAUGGAUUUAGAUAAAAAGGCAGAUUGUGAAACAUACUUGCAUAGGAUUGGACGUACUGGCAGGUUCGGGAAAGCCGGUAUAGCAAUUAACCUUAUUGAUUCUCCUCAGGCUAUGAAUAUUUGUUUAGAUAUUGAAGCACACUUUGGAAAGAAAAUUCAUUUGUUGGAUAUUGAAGAUGCAGAAGAAAUUGAAAAAAUUGGUGCAUAACAUCAUUGCAAUCUGGCUAUUUUUUAAUGUGCAUAAUAUACUAAGUAAUAAAAUAUUUUGAUAAAUAA